AUGGACCCAGGUAUGUGUAUUCUUGAACUUCUGGGGGUGUUUUUCUCCAUUGGCGCUUGGCUUUGCUCGCUAGCCACCACGAUGAUGUCUCGGUGGCUUACCUUGUCCACCGAACUGCUUCCUGCAGAGAGCUAUGAGAUGGGUUUAUGGGGGACGUGUGUCGUACAGGACCUUGGGAUCCAGGAGUGUCGGCCGUACGACAGUCUCCUCGGCCUCCCGCCAGAUAUACGCCUGGCCAGGGUCCUUAUGUGUGUCACCUUGGCAACAGGCCUGUUGGCAUUGCUCCUGGCCAUUCCUGGGAUCUACCUGGUCAACAGCUGCAAAGGCUUAGAAACACUGCGUGCCAAGAGGACCCUGAAGAUGCUGGGAGGGAUUCUCUGCGUGGCUGCUGGGAUACUGGGUCUCAUCCCUGUGUCAUACAUAGCCCACCUGACAGUCCUGAGGUUCUUUGAUGAGACUGUGCCAAAUGUGGUGCCACGGUGGGAGUUUGGAGAUGCUCUCUUCUGCGGAUGGACAGCGGGGUUCCUUCACUUGGUGGCUGGAUUCCUGCUGGUCACCUCCUGUAUUUGCCUUCAAGAAGAACCAUGUGCCCUUCCAGUAGCCAUACCCUUACACAAACGUGCCAACAGUGCUGAACAAUCUUCCAGGAGGAGGACAGAGUAUGUGUAA